AAAGUAAGAACUGCGAUGGGUGACUUCCUGCCGCAGCGCCUGCGCUCCCGUGGCAUCAUGAUAUCACCGGAGGGCGGCCACCGCACCUGCGGCGACGACGACGUCGGUUCGUUGGUGCCGGUCGGCGACGACGGGCGUCCGCCACUCUCUCAUUCGUCACCGUCGACGACGCCAGAGAGACGCGCCUCCGAACAGCACGCGCCCCUGUCAGUGGACGCGUGCGUCGGCGCAGCUCUCAUUGGCAGCCCCAACUUGACCCCCGCCAUCGUGGGUGGCAGUGCCGUGGACCCGGCGAUGAACGCUCACCUGACCUCGACUGCGAUUCAGGUGUUCGUGCCCUUUAUCCUGGCCGGCAUCGGCUCCACCAUCGCUGGCAUCCUGCUCGACGUGGUCAAGGACUGGCCAGUGUAUGUCAGAAUACAUCAGAUGUUUGUGCUCAUUCCACCCUUGCUGGGACUCAACGGGAACCUGGAGCAGACUCUGGUCGCCAGGCUCAGCACGCAGGCAAAUUUGGGCAAUCUCAGCAGGGUUCGCGAACAACUACCCAUGAUAUUUGCAAAUAUCGCCCUCUUGCAGUGCCAAUCGACGGUGGCGACCCUGGUGGCAUGCACACUCGCCAUGUUCAAGAGUUUGGCUGUCGGCGACCACUGGGACCCCUCGCAUGUCACCAUCCUCUUCGCUGGAGCGCUGGCCGCUGUAAACACCGCCAGUCUCUUUCUCAGUUGGGUACUUGUGCCGGGGGCACUAUGCUUUUCAGACAUUUCAUGCCUCGUAAUGUCCACCGUUGUGGUGAUGUCCACCAAGUGCGAGAAGAACCCGGACAACAUCGCACCGGCCAUCGCCGCCUCCCUCGGCGACUUGACCACGCUCUUCCUGCUCUCCGGUUACUCAUCAUUCAUGCUGUACCGGCCCUAUUUCGCUCCGUUGGUGAUCGUGUUGUGCGUGGGUCUGCUGCCAGUGUGGAUAGUUCUGGCUCGACGCAACAGUGUGUCGCGAGUGGUGCUGCGCGUCGGCUGGCUGCCAAUCAUCGUCGCCCUGACCGUCUCCAGCUUCGGUGGAUACAUCCUGGAUUACGCCAUCAUAGCGUAUCCGCCAAGCGCUCUGCACCUGUCAUCAGUCAAUGCGCUGGGCGGGAUGCUUGCGGUCGUGUUUAGCUGCAGCUUGUCCAGCUACCUGAACCGAUUGACGGUGCUGGGACGGGUGCCCACGGGGGAGCCCCUCUACGUGGGUCCGCUGCAGAUGUACUACCAGGGCGGCGAGAUGGCCAACGUUGCCUACGUGCUCGUCGGCGUGGUGGUGCCCGGCCAGACACUGUUCGUCGUGCUCGCCAGGGUUCUGCGCUUCGGAAGGAUCUCCAUGACUAUCACAUUCUUCGCAGGCUACAUUGGCGCGUCACUCGCGCAGGUGGUAGUAUUGCUGUACCUGGCACGUCUCGUCGUGUACCGUCUCUGGCAGUGGAGCAUUGACCCGGAUAACGCGGCUAUCCCGUGCCUGACUGGCUGUGGGGACUUCCUGGGCUCGGGGUUCCUGACGCUCGCCUACGCGGUGCUCUAUCGCUUGGGCGACGAAUCAGCUGUUCAGGAAGAUGAACUACGUUCCCUCAGCAAAGCGCUUACUCUUCUCACACCACAGCCGUCCUCGUCUUCCCUGAGCAAUGGCAACGCCACCAUGGCCUAAGAAAUGUCAUGUAAUUGUGGGCGAGGCGCCGGGAAAAACAAAAGUUCAGCGCCAAAAAUGGAUCUGAACGUACAUUGAACGCUUUCUUGUGUGAUCACGGAUUAACGUUUUGCCUUCUGUGCCUAUAAUAUAUAUGCUGUUCUUCGCCAGUGUUCAUUGAAUGAAUUACAAACGUGUAUUUAAGUAGCAAUAGUUUCUUGUACAGAAUAUGUUGAUGUAUCCUUCUCAUGAAAAUUGUCUAGCUCAACUUGAAUCAGGUACAAAUAUUGCAUGUUGCUAAAUGCGCUACGCGCCUGACAGGCCCGAAACUUAAAUUUCAAAAUACUGUUCAUGUAGAAUGCAUUCAUUUUUCAUUGAUUUACGAGUUAAUUCAAUCUGCUAGGAGUACACAAAUUUCUGUCAGCUUUUUAUGCUAGAGCGUCUCUUGUAAUGAACAUACCAAUAAUGUAUACCCCGGAGAAAUAGGAGCAUUUUGGAAGGUAUGAAACCAAAUUUCUAG